UGGGCUGCGUCGGGCGCUGGGCCCAGCAUGUCGCCCUGGCCGGAGACGUGGCCGGAGUCCCAGCUGGCCCGUGGCUAACCCCUGGCUCCUCGUUGCAGGGUCAGAACGCGGAGGAGGGGAUGCAGUGCGCAGAUGAGCUCGCCGGGGGCUACAGCCACUCCUGCCUUUGGUGGUUUGGGCCCUGGUUUCCCAUUCUCCGGCUCUUCCACCCAGAGGCCGUUAAACCCGUGCUGCUGGAGUCAGUUGCCAUCGCACCCAAGGACUACCUGUUCUACGGCUUCCUGAAGCCCUGGCUAGGGGACGGUUUGCUGCUGAGCAAUGCUCCGAAAUGGGUCGGCACCGGCGCAUGCUGACGCCAGCCUUCCACUUCGACAUCCUGAAGCCCUACAUGAAGAUCUUCAACCAGAGCACUGACAUCAUGCAUGUGAGUAACCCCCUCCCGUCAUGGCACCAAAUCUAUGCCUGUGCCUCUGGCCCCUCCCACGGCACACGCUGCCCUGGCACCCGCCAGCCUGCCCGGGACCCUCCCCCAUGGCACACGCUGCCCUGGCACCCGCCAGCCUGCCCGGGACCCUCCCCCACGGCACACGCUGCCCUGGCACCCGCCAGCCUGCCCGGGACCCUCCCCCACGGCACACGCUGCCCUGGCACCCGCCAGCCUGCCCGGGACCCUCCCCCCAUGGCACACGCUGCCCUGGCACCCGCCAGCCUGCCCGGGACCCUCCCCCAUGGCACACGCUGCCCUGGCACCCGCCAGCCUGCCCGGGACC